AUGUCGCUCUCUGCUAACGUUCUCCGCAGAACUUCCACCCUUCUCUCCAAGGCAUCUGGAAUCCCUGCCUGUUCCUCUGUUGGUUUCUCCACCAAUGUUGACCAAUCCACCAACCUCAAGGAAGUUCUUGCCAAGAAGAUUCCUGCCCACAACGCCAGCGUCAAGGAAUUCAGAACUCAGCAUGGUAACACUGUUGUACAGAAGGUCAACGUCGACAUGAUCUACGGAGGUAUGCGUUCCAUGAAGGGAAUGGUCACCGAAACCUCUGUCUUGGACCCCGAGGAGGGAAUCCGUUUCCGUGGAUACUCUAUUCCUGAGUGCCAGAAGCUUCUUCCUAAGAUCCCAGGAGGAGAAGAGCCACUUCCAGAAGGAAUCUGGUGGCUUCUCUGUACUGGAGAUAUCCCUAACGAGAAGCAGGUUGCUGCCAUCACCAAGGAAUGGAAUGCUCGCGCUGACCUUCCAGCUCACGUCGCUAGAAUGUUGGACAACUUCCCAGACAACCUUCAUCCAAUGGCCCAAUUCAUUGCUGCCAUCGCUGCUUUGAAUAACGAAAGCAAGUUCGCUGCUGCUUACGCUCGUGGAGUUCCCAAGUCUGCUUACUGGGAGUAUGCUUAUGAAGAUUCCAUGGAUCUUCUUGCCAAGCUCCCAACUGUUGCUGCCAUGAUCUACCGCAACUUGUACCGUGAUGGAUCCGCUGUUGGAGUCAUCGACCCCAAGAAGGAUUGGUCCGCCAAUUUCUGCUCUAUGCUCGGAUAUGAUGAUCCACUUUUCUCUGAACUCAUGAGACUCUACCUCACCAUCCACUCUGACCACGAAGGAGGAAACGUUUCCGCCCACACUUCUCACCUUGUAGGAUCUGCUCUCUCUGAUCCAUACCUUUCCUUCUCCGCCGCUAUGGCUGGACUCGCUGGACCUCUUCACGGUCUUGCCAACCAAGAAGUCUUGGUCUUCUUGAACAAGAUCGUCUCUGAAGUUGGAUUCAACUACUCAGAGGAACAACUUAAGGAAUGGAUCUGGAAGCACUUGAAGAGCGGACAGGUUGUUCCAGGAUACGGACAUGCUGUACUUCGUAAGACUGAUCCCCGUUAUGAAUGCCAGCGCGAGUUUGCCCUCAAGCAUUUGCCAAAGGACGAUCUUUUCCGUCUCGUAUCUACCAUCUACAAGAUCGCUCCUAACAUUCUUUUGGAGCAAGGAAAGGCCAAGAACCCAUGGCCAAAUGUUGAUGCUCACUCCGGAGUUCUCCUUCAAUACUUCGGUAUGACUGAGAUGUCCUUCUACACUGUAUUGUUCGGAGUUUCCCGUGCUCUCGGAUGCCUUUCUCAACUCAUCUGGGCUCGUGGUAUGGGACUCCCUCUUGAGCGUCCUAAAUCCCACUCAACCGAAGGAUUGAAGAAGCUCGCUGCUGCUAGCAAGCUCUAA